CUGUUCUAAUCACUGACUGAAUCUACUGGUGUAGACAUCAAGGUUGAGAAAGCAAUGAAAGAAAGGGCAACAACUCGAUCUAGAGCUACUGAUCAUCCAGAGCUCACAGGUUCGGCGCCUACCUCCAACUCCAACGAGCCGUCGACCACACGAAAGACUGACUCUCCAAUGCACCAAGUGGCUGAAGAGGUUAGGGCUCGGCAUGACGCGUUGGUGCGCCAAUUCUGUGAGCUCCGAGAUUGGACUGAGGAGUCUGAGCAGGCCUUGCUCAAGGCAAAGCUAGAGAUAGAGAUCCUCGAGCAGCGCUGCAAGGAUUCAUUCGAUGCUGGCCGCGCUGGAGGGAGGCUUGAGAUGGAAGCAUCGGAUGAGUACCGAGCUGCCAUCCGUGGAGCAGCUCUUUCAGGGAUCAAGGAAUAUCUCAGAUCCUCAACGUUUGAGAUGCUCUGGGCCGCAAAAGCCGCCGAACAUGAGGCCAUCGGAUUCAUGAGGUGCAGGUCGCGAGUUCUCGAGCUCGGAGGCUUCAAGGAGGGGUUUGACGUUGACGGAAACCUCGAUCCGUCCGUCUAAUUUGUGAAAUAGGAAGUAUAUAACGAACAAAUAUGAAGUAGGGAGUAUUUUACCAUGUUUUCUCUCUACUUUCUUUUGCUCCUAGAUAUAAUUCGCAUGUAUUCUGCCUACAUUAUGUAUCUAUCUCUCCAACUUCUAAUGUAAUAUUUGCAGCUAUUGAAGA